AUGGCCCUUCAUGGUACUCAAGUUCUCACCUCGAAUUUGGACAACUGGACCAUGGGCCAACUCUACAACGAGCGUAAGAGUGAUGACGGCUUUCUCUAUGCGCACUACAGUGGAGAAAACUCAUUUGGCGGUUUCUAA